AUGGGCACCCGGAAGGAUGCAGGAAGAGGGGCCUCCCAAUCCCGGCGUGGACGCAGAAAGGAGCGGGCUCCAGGUUUCCUGGCCCUGCCCACCGUCACUAAUGAGGAACACACCCAGAACCCGGAGCUGACCCCAUUGCCCCUGCAGGCUCUCUCGCAUCGAUCUUUUCCUCCAUCCUAUCCCGGCUUUAGAGUCCGGGAAACCGAGGUCUCGUGUUGGGUAGGCUUUGGGCCCAGGCCGGCUUUUCCUGCCACUCGAGCAGCUGGGGAAGCUCGCUCCUCGCGCCAAGGCGAGCGGCGGUGCUCGCGCGGCAGUCACGAGCCCGGCGGCCGGGGGUGCGCCCUCCCCGCGCCCGCGCCCGCGCCCCGCAGCGCCUCCGCCUCCCCGCGUCCCCGCCCGAGCGGCGCGCACUUCGGCGAGCCGGGCUCCGCGGCCCCGGCAGCCGGCCGGCCCCGCGCCCUGCCACCCACGCGCGCCCGUGCUCAGCCCGCGAGUCCCCGCGCGGAGGCCCGGCCACCUGCCGGCCCGCGGGCUCGCAGCCGCGCCCCUCCGCGUCGAGGCCCGCCGCCGCCGCCGCGGCUCCUCCCUGCGCCCCGCCCGGCCGCGCCCCGACUCACCGGCUCCCGGCGCGCCCCGUGUCGGAGCUCGGCCCCUGGGCAGAGCCCACCGCUCCCGCCGACCCGCGGCGCCGCGGACCCUGCCGGCCGCCGGCCGCCCGCCGCGCGCGGCCGGGGGCGCAGAGCCCGCCUCACUCCGGCGGCCGCCCCCGAGCGGCGCGGCGCGGCGCCCCCUCGCGGCCGCAGGGGGAAGGCUGGGCGCGCAGCGCGCCGGGUGGGGCUGCGGGGGAGCCUGCCGCGGGGCUCCCUUCUGAGGCCACCCAUCCCCGAGGCGUCCCCGCUCACCCGGCCUCUGCUCUGCUGCGGGCCUCAGGAUCAAGGCCGCCGCUCCUCUGGACUCUCCUCCCGUGAUGGCCUCUGA